UUAUAGAGCCAGAUAAGCAGAAAAUGGGAGGACCAUAGAGGGGGAGAGGUGUUAGUUUGCGGUUCCAGCCCAACACUGGGACUGUUUGGCCUAGCACAAUUUGAACCAAAAAUCUCACUGAGGGGAAACUGGAGUUCAGGACUUUAUUUCUGCACGUUCUGCAGUAAGGAUGGAUGCUCUGACCAAGUCCAAAUGCUGAGGUUCCACAAACUUUUUUUUAUAGUUUUAUGAAAUAUUUCCUAGUUGUAUUUCCAUGAAAACUAAAUUGACAUUAUGUUAAAUAAAUAUUGGCAUUUAUUUUCCUCAGAUGUGGAAAAAUGCACCAAGUGUCCAGAUGAUAAAUAUCCAAAUGAGAAAAAAGUCCAAUGUAUCCCGAAAGUUAUAACCUUCCUGUCUUAUGAAGAACAUCUGGGCAUCAUCUUGGUCUCCUUUGCCCUGCUUUUGUUCCUAACCACAGGUGUCAUUUUAAUCAUAUUCCUUAAAUACAUAGAGACUCCUAUUGUCAAAGCAAACAACCGCGACCUCUCCUACAUCCUCUUGGUAUCCCUGAUGUUUUGCUUCCUGUCUUCUUUUCUCUUUAUUGGCCAACCAAGGAAAGCCACCUGCCUUCUCCGACAAACCAUGUUCAGCAUAGUCUUCUCAGUAGCUGUGUCUUCUGUGUUGGCCAAAACAAUCACAGUGGUACUGGCAUUCUUGGCCACAAAACCAGGGAACAGAGUGAGGAGAUGGUUGGGGAAGAGCUUGGCCAACUCCAUCAUUCUUUCCUGUUCUGCUGUCCAGAUGUUCAUCUGUGCCAUGUGGCCGGGAGUUUCUCCCCCAUUCCCUGACUCUGACCUGCAGUCCCAGCCUGGAGAGAUCAUCCUUCAGUGCAAUGAAGGCUCGGUCACCAUAUUUUAUGUUAUCCUCAGCUACAUGGGCUUCCUUGCUGCUAUUUGCUUCAUAGUGGCUUUCCUGGCCAGGAACCUGCCUGGGGCCUUCAACGAAGCCAAGCUGAUCACUUUCAGUAUGUUGGUCUUCUGCAGUGUCUGGAUCUCUUUCCUGCCCACCUACUUGAGCACCAAAGGAAAAUUCAUGGUGGCCGUGCAGGUCUUCUCCAUCUUGGCCUCCAGUGCUGGGCUUCUGGGAUGCAUCUUCUUCCCCAAGUGCUACAUUAUCAUCCUGAGACCAGAUCUAAACAGAAAGGAGCAUCUAAUGAUAAAAAUAGGGAGCUGAUAAUAAAAUUGUUUCUCAGACUC